AUGGACUCAUCAGCUACAACCAGACGUCUUCAACAUCUCUCAAGACAUUUCAAAGCUUCCAAUAUAACCACUCCUCCAGUUAGAGUUACUGUCACAGGCGCUGCUGGAAAUAUUGGAUAUGCACUUGUCCAUAUGAUUGGUUAAGGUAGACUUCUUGGACCAAAUUAAUAAAUCAUUUUAACUCUCCUUGAAUUGCCCAUGGCCAAGGAUCAAUUGGAAGGCACAAUGAUGGAACUCAGAGACUGUGCUUUCCCCAUCUUGAAGGAAAUCAGAGGAACAACCCAAUAUGAUUAAGGCUUCAUGGGUUGUGAAAUUGCUAUCUUGGUUGGUGCAAAACCAAGAGGACCAGGCAUGGAAAGAAAGGACUUGUUAGCUGCUAAUGCUCGUAUCUUCAAGGAGUAAGGAGAGGCAUUAGAAAAAUACGCUAGCAAAAAUGUUAAGGUUUUGGUUGUAGGAAAUCCUGCAAAUACCAAUGCCUUAAUUACGGCUUAAUUUGCACCAAGCAUACCAAAAUCUAACUUCACAGCACUCACUCGUCUAGAUUAAAAUAGAGCUCAAUCCAUCAUUGCCUAAAGGGUCAGUGCCAAUGUUGAGGAUGUUAGAAACAUUAUCAUCUGGGGUAAUCAUAGCACUACUCAAUUUGCUGAUGUCAGUCAAGCAACUGUGUAAUAGAAUGGAAUUUCAUAAACUGUUCGAGGACUUGUGGCUGAUGAUGCUUGGCUCUAAAAGGCAUUCGUUGAAUAGGUGGCCAAGAGAGGUGGAGCCAUUAUUGAAAAGAGAAAGGCAUCCUCAGCUGCAUCUGCUGCAAGUGCUGUUUGUGAUCAUAUUCAUGAUUGGCUCAUUGGAACUGAUAAUGGGACAUUUGUUUCCAUGGGAGUCGUUACAGAUGGAAAGUUAUAUGGAAUCAAAGAAUAAGUUUGUUUUUCAUUCCCAUGCAUUUGCAAAGAUGGAAACGUCAAAGUUGUUGAAGGUUUGAAAUGGGAUCAAUUCCAAUAGUCGAUGAUUGACAAAACUUUGAAAGAGUUGUUAGAAGAAAAAGAAAUGGCUUUUUCUGUUGUUGUUACAAAAUGAAUUAUAAAAUAGUUCAGUAUAU